AUGUCACAUCUCGUCCCUGUGCUCCAGGGUCUUCCUGGUCCUCUGGGGUCUUCCUGGUCCUCUGGGGUCUUCCUGGUCCUCUGGGGUCCAGGGGGAGUUUAUUUCGGUGGUAGAACUCCCCGGGGUCUGUCCCGUGUAGAGGUCUGUCCCGUGUGGAGGUCCGUCCCGUGUGGAGGUCUGUCCCAUGUGGAGGUCUGUCCCGUGUGGAGGUCUGUCCCGUGUGGGGGUCUGUCCCGUGUGGGGGUGUGUCCCGUGUGGAGGUCUGUCCCGUGUGGAGGUCUGUCCCGUGUGGGGGUGUGUCCCGUGUGGAGGUCUGUCCCAUGUGGAGGUCUGUCCCGUGUGGGGGUCUGUCCCGUGUGGGGGUGUGUCCCGUGUGGAGGUCUGUCCCGUGUGGAGGUCUGUCCCGUGUGGGGGUGUGUCCCGUGUGGAGGUCUGUCCCGUGUGGAGGUCUGUCCCGUGUGGGGGUGUGUCCCGUGUGGAGGUCUGUCCCGUGUAGAGGUCUGUCCCGUGUGGAGGUCCGUCCCGUGUGGAGGUCUGUCCCAUGUGGAGGUCUGUCCCGUGUGGGGGUCUGUCCCGUGUGGGGGUGUGUCCCGUGUGGAGGUCUGUCCCGUGUGGGGGUGUGUCCCGUGUGGGGGUGUGUCCCGUGUGGAGGUCUGUCCCGUGUGGGGGUGUGUCCCGUGUGGAGGUCUGUCCCGUGUGGGGGUGUGUCCCGUGUGGGGGUGUGUCCCGUGUGGAGGUCUGUAG